CCGCCCACAGGCCUGGCUGUUUCCUCAACCCGGGCAUCGGCCCCGGUGUCUGCCUCCUGCUCCGGCUCUGAGUCCGCCCACGCGGAGGAAACUAGAAUUUCUGUGUCUAACGGGACUGGACGUGUCUGAUGUUCAAACCCCGCAGGCUCCACGCACGGCCGGAAGCGGAAAUGACGCCAACGGGUCCCCUCCGUUGUCCUUCUUGCCGCUGGUGGCUCGGUGCUGUGUCGAGGUGCCUUCCUCAUGGAGCUCUUCUUUCUAGGGACCCAGUCUCCUUUUUUGAAGAAAAGAUAAAGGAAGAGAGGAUGGUGGCUGACUGCCUGACAAACUGCUAUCAGGACUCGGUGACCUUUGAGGAUGUGGCCUUGGACUUCACCCAGGAGGAGUGGGUUUUACUGGAUCAAAGUCACAGAGACCUUUACAGAGAGGUGAUGUUGGAGAACUAUGAGAACCUGACCUCCAUGGGGUGUGAGCUCAUCAAACCCAGUCUGAUCUCCUGGUUGGAACAUGGAGAGGAUUGGAGGACAGAGCAGAGAGGAGAUCCCCGAGAAUGGGAAUUGCAACUUAGCACCAAGGAGGCAGCAUUUCAGCAGGAUUUUUUGAGGGGACAGACUUCAAAUGGGAUACCAACAGCAGGAAGCCAAAGUGCAGGGGAACUCUGUGACUAUACGCAGUGUGGAGAAAUCUUCAGUGAACACUCAUAUUUCAAGACACACAUGAAAACUCAAAAUAUAUGGAAUGCAGGAAAUUUUACCCACUCCGAGGGUCAUGCUGUGCCUGUUCAAAUGCACACCAUAAAACACUAUGCAUGUAAGACUUGUGGAAAAGCCUUUGGGCGUUCUUCAAACCUUAAUAGGCACAUGCGAACCCAUACUGGGGAGAAACCCUACGAAUGUAAGGAAUGUAGGAAGCCCUUCACGACUUACUCGAGGCUAGUGGAACAUUUCAGAACUCAUACUGGAGAGAAACCCUAUAAAUGUAAGGAUUGUGGAAAAGCCUUCACUAAGCGCUCAGGCCUUAUUACACAUGUACCAACACAUGCUUCCGAGAAACCCUAUGAGUGUAAACAGUGUGGGAAAGCCUUCGCUUCAUCCCCACGCCUUUCUCAACAUGUGAGAACCCACAGUGGAGAGAGACCCUACACGUGUAAGGAAUGUGGGAGAGCUUUCCUUACUUCCUCCUACCUGCGUAAUCAUGUAAGAAGAACUCACAGUGGAGAGAGACCCUAUAUAUGUGGGGAAUGUGGAAAAGCCUUCCAUUCUUCCUCAUACCUACGGAGACAUGUAAAAACCCACAGUGGAGAGAGACCCUUCACAUGUAAGGAAUGUGGAAGAGCUUUCCUUACUUCCUCCUACCUCCAUAACCACGUGAGAAAAACUCACAGUGGAGAAGUACCGUACAUAUGUGGCGAAUGUGGGAAGGUCUUCCAUGCAUCCUCAUACCUACGUAGACAUGUAAGAACUCACAGUGGAGAGAGACCCUAUAUAUGUAAGGAAUGUGGGAAAGCCUUCCUCAAUGUCUCCUAUCUGCGUAAACAUCUAACCAUUCAUACUGGAGAGAAACCUUAUGAAUGUCAGGAAUGUGGGAAGGCCUAUAAUAGGUGUAAUCUGCUCAAUGAACACUUAAAAACUCACACAGUGGAAAAGCCCUUUGAUUGUCAUGUAUGUGGAAAAUCCUUUCAGUAUUUCUCAUACCUUACUAAGCAUGUUCGUAUUCACACUGGAAUAAAGCCCUAUAAAUGUAAGUACUGUGGGAAAGCCUUUACCACCUCCUCAAGCCGAACUGAACAUGUCAGGAGUCAUACUGGGGAGAGGCCCUAUGAAUGUAGGGAAUGUGGGAAAACCUUCACUUCGUCCUCAAACCUAAUUCACCAUGUAAAAAUUCACACCCGAGAGAAGCCCUAUAGUGUGAGGAAUGUGGGGAAGCCUAUAGCAGCAUUUGCCUACUCAGUGACCAUUUAGUGACUCACACAGAACAGAAACGCCUUGACUGGGAGGAAUGCCAAAAGUCCUUUAGGAAUUCCUCGCAUCUUAAUCAUCACAGUGGAAUUUACACCAAUGAGUAACCUUAUUCAUGUAAAGAAUGAGGGGCAGCCCUCAGUUACUCCAAUUUAAUUUGAAGACAUUCAAGAACCCAUACUCAAGAUGCCCCAUGAAUUGAAAGAAGGAAAUAUGAAAGCCUUCACUGUUUACUGGGAAGUUAUUAAAUAUAUGUGACUUCAUGCUGGAGGGAGACACUGAUGUAAAAUAUGUGGGAAAGUUGUAGUUCUGCUAAGCUUCACUUGUGCCGCACUUACAGUCUCGCAGUGGAGAAAACUUUAUGAAGGUAAGGAAUGUUGGAAAGUCAUUUUGUACAUGCCAUUAAUCCUCAGGACUUAGUAAACGUUCUGAUUGACACCCAAGAGAAAAAUGAAUGUACGGCAUAAAGGAAUUUGGUCCUCAUAUUCGGAAAUCUGGUAUGCUGACAAAAAUAUGGCCAUCCAGAUGGUCCUGGUUUAUUUUAAACAUUUACGAUUUUGUUCUGAUCAAUCCCGGAGGGUUUCAUCUUUCUUUCCCUCCUUAGCAACACCAUUUCAUUCAAGUUACUACAACUUCUGGGUAGCAGCCUGGCAAAAAGUGGGCCUUUGGGAUACAAACAGUACUGUGUUAAGCACUGUAGGUUCUUUGGUUGGUUUGUCAUGUUCUUAAAUAUGGUCCACCUACUGAGGCUCACAGCACCCAAGUUUGGGGUAUAAACUCAGUGUUGGUUAAAUACCCUUAUUCCUCCUUCGCAUCUGAUCCUUUCAGAUAAAAGGUGAGGGUGCAAGAAGAGAUGAGCAGAAAUGGGAUGAAUGAAUAGCUAGUAGUGUGAGAUGCCUCAGUUUCAUGGUCAUGACAGGAGAGCACUUGCAUUUGAGAAAGGGAAAUCUCGUGUCAUCUGGCAGUGCAAGGAGUUGGGACAGGCCUCAGUGUUCUAUAUACAUUCUGCCCCUUGGCAGAGCAAUUUUAUAUGCCUGAGUCAAGGAACAGCUGGGACUGGUAGUAAAAUCUGGAUUUUUCCUUCCUUGUACUGUGAAAACAGAAAAAUGCCUGUGAACACAGCUAGUCACCGUGUCUUACAGUGCUGGAAACCAUCUUGGCACUUCCUGAAUGUGUGAGGGAUGUGUGGCCUUUAGGUACAGACCAUCCCGGCACAACCAGGAUUCAGCCUCAAUGGUCCAAAUUUUUAUACUUCUGAUGCUUGAGCAACCUUGCGUUGUUGUAUACAGCCAUCAGGGCUGUAGCCAUUUGGCAGGUCUUUCUGGGGCUGUUAAUCCACCCCGUGUGGUGUAACCCAAAACAAAGCAAAGAAUAAAUCUUGAAUGGAAGAAACCUC